GGCACACAGACCAGCUGACAGCAGGGUCAGUGGAGCCAGUCUCUCCUGCUGUCUCAGCGGUGGACUAACAACUUGCUGCAUUUCACCUACCUGGAAGGAGGACUUCUGUUGGAGUUUUUGGACUUCUGUUGGAGUUUUUUGGUUUUAUUCAUCCACAAAAGUUCUUCAUGGAGGUUCAGGUUCAGGGCAGAGCGCUUCCCCCCAUCAUCCCUGAAGAUGGGGAGCCUGAGUUGGAGGUGAACGGAGGAGUAGUACCGCACGUGAAUGGCGGAGAUGCAGAGGUGCCCGUCUCCAAGUCUCAGAGGAGACGCAGUGAUGUCAAGGUCUACAAAGAGAUCUGUGACUACUACGCAAAAUUCAACAUGGCAAAUGCUUUGGCAAAUGCCAUCUGCGAGCGCUGCAAGAGUGGGUUUGCUCCAGCAGAGAAGAUCGUCAACAGCAAUGGAGAGCUCUACCAUGAGGGCUGUUUCGUUUGUGCCCAGUGCUUCCAGCAGUUCCCAGAGGGGCUUUUCUACGAGUUUGAAGGCCGAAAAUACUGCGAGCACGAUUUCCAGAUGCUGUUUGCCCCGUGCUGCCAUCAGUGUGGGGAGUUCAUCAUUGGCCGUGUGAUUAAGGCCAUGAACAACAGCUGGCAUCCCGAAUGCUUCUGCUGUGAUCUCUGCAACGCUGUCCUGGCUGAUGUGGGCUUUGUGAAGAAUGCUGGAAGACACUUGUGCAGGCCUUGUCAUAAUCGAGAGAAGGCUCGUGGCCUAGGCAAGUACAUCUGCCAGAAGUGUCAUGCCAUCAUCGAAGAGACGCCUCUGAUUUUCAAGAAUGAUCCAUACCAUCCGGACCACUUCAACUGCAACAACUGUGGUAAAGAAUUGACUGCCGAGGCCCGUGAGCUGAAGGGAGAACUGUACUGUCUCCCCUGCCAUGAUAAAAUGGGAGUUCCCAUCUGCGGUGCCUGCCGCAGACCUAUCGAGGGCCGCGUGGUUAAUGCCAUGGGCAAGCAGUGGCACGUGGAGCAUUUUGUGUGUGCUAAGUGUGAGAAGCCCUUCCUUGGACAUCGUCACUAUGAGCGCAAGGGCCUGGCUUAUUGUGAGACACACUACAAUCAGCUGUUUGGUGACGUGUGCUACCACUGCAAUCGUGUGAUCGAAGGAGACGUUGUUUCUGCCUUGAAUAAAGCAUGGUGUGUCAACUGCUUUGCCUGCUCAACAUGCAACACCAAGUUGACUCUCAAGAACAAGUUUGUGGAGUUUGACAUGAAACCAGUGUGUAAGAAGUGCUACGAGAAAUUCCCACUGGAACUGAAGAAGCGUCUAAAGAAGCUUGCCGACGCAACUGGGAAAAAGUGAUAACAUGCCGUUGGUGGUACACUCAUGGAAAUGCAUGUACAUGCGGUUACUUGAUCUGAAUAUAAUGUAAUGAAUGCCAUCCGUUUGUUUUUUUUUUCUGUAUGAUUGCGACCAUGGUAAGAUUAUGCGAUGAAUUGCAUGAGUGGUCCUUAGAAGUCAAAUACUGAAAAUACCCUUUAAAUUGUGUUGUCUUUUUUUUCGUCAACAAUACUGUUUGCCAUGAAAUACUGUUACAUUUUGGAAUGCUGAAGCUGUGCUGUGUAAAGCAAAAGUAUGACGCGUCACCUUCAAUAAAACAUAUUUGCUUGAUUCAGUGCUGAACAUACAAAAGUACAAAAUAAAAAGGAACCAUUUUGGUAUGGAGGUUACAAAUAACCACAAUAUUGAGAGUAUGCCGUAAAGCCCUGGGUAUAAUAAACAGCAAAUGGACUUGCAGGUUUUAGAAUGUAUUGCAACAUGUCGUCUUGGUUCAGUUUAAGUUACACGUUUUCAGUCACUGCAGAGAUGUAAUUAUCAGUCCUGUUAUGUAUUGUGUAUGUACCAUACUACGCAUUCCUUUUUAUUAUGUAUGAUUCCAAUGAAGAUAUACAUUCACAGAUGUAAUCAUUAUUAUUUUGCUUUUUCUAUUUAUUUAAAAGUAGUAAUGUGAAGGUGUCCAAUUGACUUGCUUACUUUUUUGAGCUGUGUGUGACAUCUAUGUCAAUAAAAACGCCUCAUGUAUGCUGUUUGAGAGUCUAACAGAGACAUUCAAUUUCAA